AUGUCUCCAUACCAAUUGGUGUUUGGUAAGGCUUGUAACUUACCAGUUGAGCUUGAACAUAGAGCAUUCUGGGCUCUAAAAAUGCUGAAUUUUGAUGAUCAAGCUGCUAGAGAAAGGAGGCUAAUGCAACUCAAUGAGCUGGAGGAAUUCAGAAAUCAAGCCUAUGACAAUGCAAAGAUUUACAAAGAAAAUACAAAUAGGUGGCAUGAUCAAAAGAUAGCAAGGAGAGAGUUCAAAGAAGGACAGAGAGUGUUGUUGUACAAUUCAAGACUCAAGUUCUUCCUAGGGAAGCUCAAGUCUCGAUGGUCUGGACCCUUCACCAUCCUCAAAGUAUCACCUUAUGGUCAUGUAGAGCUCAUGAAGGACACAACACAAAGAACAUUCACUGUGAAUGGCCAUAGGCUCAAGCAUUACUUGGGAGACUCACUAGAUGAGAAGAGAGUGAACUACCAUCUCAGAUAA